CCGAGAGGGGGCGGAAGAGAGAGAUCAACAACAUCAAGGCGUAGGUAGAGUUUACUUGAAAGGUAAUGUGUGCAGGGGCAAACGACUGGCAGGUCGUUUGUGCUGCAGGUGCCUGAUGGCCGCGCGUGUCCUGAGGCUGGCCCUGGCUGGGCGGCCAGCGGCAGGGGCCUGGAGCCGCAGGGCGAGCAGAGGGAGCUCGCACCUCACCGCUCCGCGGGGCCGCACAGAGGCUCCGCAGGAGGAGGAGCGGCCUCACUUCUCCAGGUCCUCCAUCGGGAGCUUCUUCCAGGAGAGGCCCCAGCUCAGGAACCCCUUUCUGCAAGACGCUCUGCUCCAGGGCUACCUGAGAAGACACCUCCCUGCUCAGGCUGUGAGCGCGGUCGGGGCAGAUCUGGAGCGGUUUGGGGAACGGAUCUGCAGUGAAGUGGACGCUCUGGGCCGGCAGUGUGAGGAGACCCCCCCCCGCCUGCAACACUGUGACGCCUGGGGUCGGCGAGUUGAUCGCAUCCUCACCUGCCCCGCCUGGGGCCGCAUGAAGGAGAUCUCGGCCCAGGAGGGGCUGGUGGCUGCUGGCUACGAGAGGACUUUCCGUGACUGGAGCCGUGUUUACCAGAUGUCCAAACUAUACCUCUGCUCUCCCUCUGCUGGACUCUACACCUGUCCUCUGGCUAUGACUGAUGGGGCAGCUAAAGUCAUUGAGUCCCUGGGGAAGUCUGGACCCCUGGACAAAGCCUUCCAGCGGCUCACCUCUCGCGACCCUCAGCAGUUCUGGACCUCUGGCCAGUGGAUGACAGAGCGGAAGGGGGGCUCUGACGUGGCCAGUGGGACGGAGACAGUAGCCCGGCUGCAGCCUGACGGGACCUACAGACUGUACGGAUUCAAGUGGUUCACUUCUGCUACCGACUCUGACAUGACCCUGACUCUGGGGAGAGUGGAGGACUCCCUUGGCCACACUGUAGGGGGCAGUAAGGGGCUGUCGCUGUUCUACGCAGAGGUGCGGGACGAGCUGGGCCACCUGAACAACAUCGAGGUCCAGCGGCUGAAGGACAAGCUGGGGACCAGGCAGGUGCCCACUGCGGAGCUGCUCCUGGACGGCCUGCGAGCCCACAGGGUAUCGGAGGAAGGCAGAGGAGUGGCCUCCAUUGCCAACAUGCUGACGAUAACCCGCCUCCACAACACAGUGUCAGCGGUGGCUGGCAUGAGGAGGAUCAUUGCUCUGGGCCGGGACUAUGCCACAAAGCGCUUUGUCUUUGGGAAGUUCCUCAAGGAUCAUCCUCUCCACAUGCAGACCCUGGCCAGGAUGGAGGUGGAGACGCGCGCGGCCUUCCUGCUCAUGAUGUCCGUGUGCCGCCUGCUGGGCCGGGAAGAGCUGGGGUCGGCCUCCGAGCUGGAGCUGCACCUGCUGCGCCUGCUGACCCCCGUGGCCAAACUGUACACUGGGAAACAGGCUAUGUCUGUGGUGUCUGAGGGCUUGGAGUGUUUCGGUGGACAGGGGUACAUGGAGGACACGGGUUUGCCAGGAAUGCUGAGAGAUGCACAGGUCCUGAGUAUCUGGGAGGGCACCACGAACAUCCUGUCCCUGGACGUGCUGCGAUGUCUGGCCAAGAGCCAUGGCCAGGUUCUGGAAGCCUUCUUCACUGAUGCCAAGAGUAAACUGGCCACGGCCUCAGGAAAACGGGAACUAGGCCCAGCUGUGACGGCAGUGGACAGCGCCCUCGGCAGGCUGGGGCAGUUGGUACAGACAGUGGCACAGCUCUCCCCUCGCUUCCUGGAGCUUGCAGCCCGAGACCUGGCAUACAGCCUGGCACGCAUCUACAUGGGUGCCCUGCUGGUAGACCAUGCUGCCUGGGAGGGGGCCACAAAAACAGACCUGUAUGCUGCACUGAGAUGGUGUGAGCAAGACCUGUGCCCUGUGGUUACCAAGGAAACGCAUGGCUGCUAUGAGCAGGAGGCAGUUGCCAUGGACACAGCCCUGGUGUAUGAUGGGAGUCCCGUUAUCACUCACAGUGCCCUGUGAUCCAUGUCUGCAUUUGUGUUACCAGUCUCCAGGCUGACCUUCUCCAAGUUACUGCUGCAGUUAUCUGCUUGCCAGUUAUCAGAGAUCUUUUCAAUGUAAUUAUCUUGUUUUACAAAACAUAUUGGAACCUUGUAUUACACAGAUGAUUUGCAAAUUAUUUUUAAGCAGAAAGGAACUAUAUUUGUAAUAUUAUGAAGGAAUGAUCAAAGCACUGUAAUUUGGAGUGUGGUAAGAAAAAAAUCAUAUAGGAUAUCAAAAUAGGAGUAACAAUUUGAUCCCGACUUUCUUAUGUACUGUAAGUGAAGGUCAGAUCAGUAUAGCAGCUACGUAGCUGUAAGGUUUUGAGAGCAGUUCAAAAGCAGAAAAUGACCUUUAUAGUAACAGCAUAAACACUGAUCUUCUAGGAAUUUAUUUCCUUCAUACUUUGUGCUUCAGUUCCAUUUUUAUCAUUCUUGGAGAGUUCAUACCAGAAGUAUGUACACCUUUGAAAAAAGCUUUUUGCUUCCUUGUGUAUUCCUACUGUAGGUGAGACCUUUAUUGUACCACUCUUAAGUGUAUUAUUGUAUCUCCAAGGGGAAAGAGUAUAAACUGAUUCAGUGAAAUCAAGGGUCAAGAUGAGUACUGUUGGCUCGUCAUUGCCUGACUGGUAACAUCUAAUUUUUGAUUGUCAGUCAUUUUGCCUUGUUCUUGUCAGUAAAGAAUUUAAGAUGAACUGAUUACAGAGAAUUCCCUGAAUAAGGGCAUCUGGAAGGCAAAGUUGGUAGUAAAAUGGCUGAGAAAAUGUUCUCAGCUACUUUUUAUUCUCAGAACAUUAAUGUUCUUCAGUCAAUAUUUUAUAUUGAUUAUACAUUUAUUGUUUUAAACCAGAUUUAUAAAACAUUCCUAAGCUGUGUACUGUUACCACAGUUUAAAAUACAGGGACUUUGAAAUCAGGUUUGUUUCUGUUGUUAAUCUCAAACAAUUAUUACUCCAAAUACCUGCUCGAUGUGCAGCAGUGACCCCUGUGUGUGUUGCUGGGCACCUUUGAGCUCUGCAGUGUUGUCAAGGACAGCUGAACUUUGACCUUCAAACUUUGGCUGAAUGAAAAAGAAAGCAGAGGACCUGUUUAAAUAUCUCCUGUGCUAGUACAAAAACAUUAAAAUCAUCACAUUUGUUGAUUAAUAAUUGGCUAUUCAAAAAAGUAGAUUCUAAUUAUGGUGUAAUCUAGCAAUCACGUCACAGAUAGUUUUAUAAAUGAGGCUGUAAGUUUGGCAAUGGUGGUUUAGUGGACAGUAGCAUAUUGGUUGUGCCUAAAGUACACUAAAAUCUGAUUAUGAUGAUACUUAUCCUGAGUUUGAAAUAUUCUAUAAAUGUUCUACAUAUGUAAUAAAGUAUAUAGAGUAUGGUAUAAAAUAUAGGAUUUGUUUAAAAAUAAACACACAUUAAUUAUAA